GACCCAACACACUGUCUACCCUAUCAUGCCUGCUGCUGGGCCCAAAGACUUCUGUCCGACCGCUGCAUCCUGUCCUGUCCCUCCAUGGACCUGGUGACCUGCCUCUGGACUUCAGGCUCAACCUGGCCUUCCAACAGGAGUAUCGUACCCCGCCUGGCUGCCUCCCUGGCUGCCUGCGCUCAGCUCAGUGCCCUGGCAGCAGGACAUCGUAUGUGGGCUCUGCAGAGGCUGCGUAAACUGCUGACCACAGAGUAUGGCCAGUCCAUCAACAUCACCAGGCUGCUUGGGGACAGCGAAGUAGAGUCUCGCUCCAUGAGUUUUACAGGCAGUGCGCUGGCCGCCCUGGUGAAGGGUCUUCCUGAGGCUCUCCAGAGGCAGUAUGAAUACGAGGACCCCAUCGUCAGGGGAGGGAAGCAGCUGCUGCACAGCCCUUUCUUCAAGGUGCUGGUGGCUUUAGCCUGCGACCUGGAGUUGGAUACCCUACCCUGCUGUGCUGAGACCCAUAAGUGGGCGUGGUUCCGCCGGUACUGUACUGCAUCCAGAGUGGCGGUCGCUCUGGACAAGAGGACUCCUCAGCCACGCCCCUUCCUGGAUGAGGUGACUAAGAAGAUCCGUGAGUUGAUGGCUGACUGUGAGGUGAUGAACGUUCUCCAUGAGAGCCAUGACCUGUUUAAGAGAGAGCAGGACGAACAGCUGGUCCAGUGGAUGAACAGGAGACCUGACGACUGGACGCUGUCUGCAGGAGGCUCCGGGACCAUCUACGGCUGGGGUCACAACCACCGGGGUCAGCUAGGGGGCAUUGAGGGGGCAAAGGUCAAGGUCCCCACCCCCACAGAGGCCCUGGCGACUCUGAGACCUGUUCAGCUGAUAGGAGGGGAGCAGACCCUGUUCGCUGUCACUGCUGAUGGGAAGGUAAAGACCAGUAGAGUCCUGGUAGAGUCCUGGUAG